AUGCCCUUUCCCUUUCUUACUACCCUGCACUUUCUGAGCUUGUUCUUUUCCUUUCAACAAAUUUCAUGUGGAAACAAUGCAACGGACUUGGAGGCCCUACUUGCAUUCAAGGCUGCCAUAGUUUCUGAUCCACACCAUGCUCUCACCUCAUGGAAUGCAGGAGCUAAUUUUUGCACGUGGAAUGGUGUCACUUGCAGUCGUAGCCACAGUGAUCGAGUUGUCUCCAUAAAGCUCAUGUACCAGGACCUGGUGGGAUCCCUCUCGCCUUUUAUAGGUAAUCUAUCAUUCCUCAGAAGCAUCAUUAUUACGAACAAUUGGUUUAGUGGCCAAAUUCCUGGAGAAGUUGGUCGUUUGAGACGCCUUGAGAAUAUAGAUCUCAGCAACAAUUCAUUUAGUGGGGAGAUUCCAAGAAACAUAACUCACUGUAGAAAUCUGCAUUUCCUUACCCUGAUCAACAACAAUCUGACAGGGAGAAUAAUUCCUGAGAUAGGUUCCCUUGUUAAGCUUCAAGGUUUAGGUUUGACAUUAAACAGGUUCCCGGGAACUAUACCUCCCUGGAUUGGAAACUUAACAUCACUGGUCCGACUGUCGAUGGCAAAUUGUGGUCUUGAAGGCCAAAUUCCAGAAGAGAUUGGUUCGUUGAGGAGCCUCCAGGUGCUUGAGCUGAGAAACAAUUCAUUGAGUGGUGAGAUUCCACGAAACCUGUCCCAAUGCAACGAUCUUCGCGUGCUUUUUUUGUACAACAACCUCCUAACAGGGAGAAUACCUGAGAUAGGAUCCCUAACAAAGCUUCAAGUUUUUGUCUUGCCAUUCAACAGCCUCUCAGGAACUAUCCCUCCAUGGAUUGGGAACUUGACAUCCUUAUCUUUGCUAUCACUGCUCCAUUGUGGUCUUGAAGGCCAAAUUCCAGAGUCACUCGCCCACCUUCAAAACCUGCAACUCCUUGAAUUAGAUGAAAACAGAUUAACCGGCAGCAUCCCAUCACAACUUUUCAAUAGCUCAAUUGCAGUGUUAUCCUUGGGAACUAAUCAGCUUCAAGGAACAAUUCCCUCUGAUGCUGGUCAUACACUUCCUAAUAUUCGCGCCCUUCAGUUGGGUCUCAAUAAUCUCAGUGGAGAAAUUCCUGUGUCUCUGCUGAACGCUUCAUCUGUAGAAAAAAUCAAUUUGGUAUCAAACAAAUUUACUGGGCCAAUGCUGAGGAACUUUGAAAGCCUUCCUAAUCUUAGCUACCUAAAUAUAGGAAACAAUAGUAUCCAUGGCGAAGUUAGCUUCAUUUCGUCUCUAACAAACUGCACCAGAUUGAAAGCUCUUAUUGUAGGAGGGAAUCUUCUAAAUGGUUCAUUGCCUGAUUCCAUUGCCAAUCUUUCCAGAAUGCUCGUUUUCUUGUCCCUGGAUAAUAAUAAAAUGCAUGGAAGACUUCCGUCUGGGAUUGAAAAUCUUCUUGAUCUCACUUUCAUGAUUCUGGGUAAUAAUUACCUUUCUGGUCCUAUUCCCCUCUCCAUUGGCAAUCUUGGUAGCCUGCAAGUACUCAUUCUUGAAGGGAACAGAUUCACAGGUGAUAUUCCCCCUUCUUUAGGUAACCUUACCUUAUUGACUGAUUUAUAUAUGGGGAACAAUCAUCUUUCCGGUUGUAUACCUCCAACUUUAGGCAACAAUAGCAACUUGCUAACAUUCAAUCUUUCGCAUAACAAUCUGAAUGGUACAAUUCCUAGAGAAAUUUUCAGCCUUUCCUUCAUCUCCAUUUCCUUCAUCCUAGCCUACAAUGAAUUAACAGGAGUUAUUCCGCCAGAGGUUGGGCAUCUAAAAAAUCUUGGAUACUUGGAUUUGUCCAACAACAGGUUAUCUGGGUCAAUUCCUAAUGUUAUGAGCAGCUGCAUGAGUUUGGAACGCCUUCACUUGGAGGGUAACUUGUUUGAAGGAGAAAUACCAAGAGCACUCGGUGAUUUAAGGGGGUUACAAGACUUGGAUCUUUCUCGAAAUCGCUUGUACGGAUCAAUUCCAAAUUCUCUUUGCGAGCUUCGUCUAUUGAUCAAUUUGAACCUGUCUUCUAAUGAGUUGCAAGGCAAAGUCCCAACAUCUGGAGUGUUCCUAAAUACCAGUGCAAUUUUUCUUGAUGGAAACUUUGAUCUAUGUGGUGGUGUUGCAGAUCUCAGAUUACAACCAUGCUCAAGAAUGAACUCCAAACACAGGAAGUUACCUAAUAAAGUGCUGAAAAUAGCAGUUCCUCUAGGAGUCCUGGGAGUCAUAUGUUCGAUACUUUUGGUUCUUUUCUGUGUAUUGAUGUACAGAAGAAAAUCUAAGGGACAAAGUCUGACAUCAGUGCCAUCAAUGGAAGGACAGUUUGCCAGGCUUUCUUAUGCAGACCUGCUGAAAGCCACGAGUGGAUUCUCCCGGAACAAUUUGAUUGGUGUUGGCAGAUUUGGCUCGGUUUACAAAGGAGCUUUAGACGAUGGAAUGGCAAUGGUUGCAGUAAAAGUUCUUGAUCUUGAUGUCAGAGGAGCUACAAAGACAUUCGUGGCGGAAUGCAAUGCGCUAAGAUGGAUGAGGCACAGGAAUCUUGUCAAGAUAAUAAGUGUUUGUCUAAGCCUAGAUUUUCAAGGCCAGGACUUCAAGGCGUUGGUGUAUGAGUAUAAGUCCAACGGGAGUCUUGAGGAAUGGCUGCAUCACAAUCCAAUUGAUCAAGGAGAAGAGGACAGAGGCCUUACAAUGAUUCAGAGACUGAAUAUAGCAAUCGACAUUGCAUGUGCACUUGAGUACCUACAUUUUGGUACUGAUUCAGUUGUUAUUCAUGGUGAUCUGAAACCGAGUAACAUUCUUUUGGAUGAUGACAUGACGGCCUGUGUUGGAGACUUUGGAUUAGCCACAGUUGUUCUGAGCAUUUCAAAAGAGCUUCUGACUAAGGAAAGCAAUUCAAGUGUAAUCAAGGGAACUAUUGGGUACAUUGCACCGGAAUACGGCAUGGGGGAGAUGGUUUCAACACAAGGGGAUGUAUACAGUUUUGGCAUUCUUCUACUGGAGAUGUUCACCAAGAUAAGGCCAACUGAUGGAGCUUUCAACGACCACUCCAAUCUUAGUAGUUUUGUUUCCAGUGCCUUGCCAGACUCUAUGAUGGACAUUCUUGAUCCUGUCAUUGUUCAAGAAAUCCGAAUGGGUGAUGAUCACAAGGCUAAGGAGACUAUGCUUUACAUGCUGGAAAUUGGAGUAGCAUGUUCUAAUAAGUCUCCAAGGGAUCGAUUGGCAAUGACAAAUGUUGUAACUGAGCUUAGCCAAAUAAGGAGUGGAUAUCUUGCUGAAAGGAUGAGGUGAACUUUAAAAUGUUCAGAUAGUUUUUCAUGUUAAAAUUAUGGACAAUGUAAGAGCUGCAUUUUGUGUUUCACUCAAGCUGUUAGUUGAAUAGGGUGUGAUUGUAAAUACAGUCUGUUGUAGAUACAGAAAGUGGAUGAUCAUGAUUUUGGGCAAUCUUUAGCAAUAGAUGAAACACAAAGAAGCUUUCAAGAA